AUGGGCUCAACUAUCGAGCAAGUAGAUGUUGUCGUUGUGGGUGCCGGUUGGAAUGGUCUCAUCUCGGCCAAGACAUAUCUUGACUUUAGACCUACUGCCAAUCUGGUCGUCCUUGACGAGCAAGCCUCUAUUGGUGGUGUUUGGAGCGAAGAGAAGAUAUACCCAAGUCUAUACGCCCAGAUCAAGCAUGGUCUAUUCGAAUACUCGUUCUACCCUAUGCGACACGAAGGGAUCACGGAGGACGGUUAUAUCUCUGGCAAUACCAUCCAUACGUACUUGAACGAUUUUGCUUGGGAUUUCGAUCUGGUUCGACGUAUUCGUUUACAAACUACGGUAGCCAAUGUAUCUCGUGCCCCGAGCGGUGGUUGGCAUCUCGAGAUCGUUGGGAAGCCUCCGAUUGAAUGUACAAAACUCAUUUACGCCUCCGGGGCAACAUCGCAUCCCGUGGUACCUACCUGGCCUACGGACAAUUUUAGAUCACCUGUCAUUCACUCAUCCGAAUUGGGGUCACACCUUGACGCUCUCAAUAAAAUUGGCUCCGCGACUGUCAUCGGUGGUGCUAAGUCCUCGUACGACACGGUUUUUUUCUUACUUAACGCCGGAAAGAAAGUCAAUUGGAUUAUUCGAGAAGAUGGAUCCGGUCCUCUAGCUAUCAUGCCGCCUUUGCUUUUUGGUUCCGUGAAUACAAUGGAUAUUGUGACAUCGAGAUUUGUUACAUUGAUGGGUUCUAGCAUUAUGAGCACGGACGGCAUCGGUCACCAAUUCUUUCAAAGAACACUGCUAGGACGGUUCAUAGCCUGGGUAUUUUGGUUGGUCGUUAAUUGGAUUGCUGAUCGCCACGCCGGCUAUUCAAAAUCAGAGAAUGCCAAAAAGUUGAGGCCAAUGCCACAUGGAAACGGGAUUUUCUGGGCACAUGCCGGGCUUGGAGCCGCGAGCGUGCCCCUUUUCUGGAAGACCUUCCAUGCCGGAGACUGUUCGGUUCACAGAACAGAUAUCGAUUCGCUACGCGAAAAUAACAUCAUUAGCUUAAAAGACGGUACUCAAUUCUCCUCGGACUAUCUCAUCCUUUGCACGGGGUUCGAUAAAUCCUUCCAGGUCUUUGACGAGAAGUUACAACAGGAAUGCGGCCUUAUGCCUGACCCGGCGCAGAAGGACAGAUGGGCUAAACUUGAAUCGGACGCGGAAGAGAAAGUAGACGAGCUUCUUCCUGCUAUUGCAAAUUCCCCAUUGACCUCUAAGCAAUUCGAUCGCGAGAAAACUGCCGGUGGCCGAAAACUUCUACAUGGCCCGAGCAGACAUUACCGAAGACUUAUCGUACCUUCGCUCGCAGCUCAAGGUGAUCGUUCAGUAUACUUUCCAGGGUUUAUUCACUCCAUUUAUACUCCUGUAGUAUCUGAAGUACAGGCGCUAUGGGGAGUGGCUUUUCUCCUUGGUAUGCAUAAUCCACCUGGUGAAGAGGAAAUGGAGAGAGAAGUGGCCGAGUGGAAUGUCUGGUCUCGUAAGCGGUAUGUUGCGCAGGGCAAGAAGCAUGCUUAUGCCAUCUAUGACUUUCUUCCUUAUAUCGACCUACUUCUCAAGGAUCUUGGCAUUAAUCCACAUAGGAAGACGGGCUUCUUUAACAUGUUUAACCCUUCUUACCCGAGCGAGUAUAAGGGUCUUAUCGAUGAGUUCCACAGGGUGGCAAUAGAGAAACAAGUAGUGUACUGA